CGGCGGCGGGGCGUGCAGGCGGGCUGCGGGAAGGGCACGGAUGAGGCGCAUGCGCGUGGGGGACGGGCGCUGGGGCUGUAACGGCUCGGCGCGGAGAGGCCGGGCGGGGUUCGCCGCCGCCGCCCCCGCCGGCGGCCCCUGCUGCGGCGGGGCGGAGGAGAUUGCCGAGCCGGGCGGCCGCCAGGAGGGCUGGCGGGGCCAGUCGCGGGGCUCGGCGCAGCAGCUGGCGGAGCGGUACGCGGACCUGGCGGCCAGCCACGGCGAGGCGCUGCGGCAGCGGGAGGAGCAGGAGUGGCACAACGCGCGGCUGCGCCAAGAGAACGCCCGGCUGCGGCUGGAGAACCGCCGCCUGCGCCGGGAGAAUCGCUGCCUCUUCCGCCAGGCCCUGCUGGGUCCCGGCCCCGACCAGCCCGCCGCCGCGGGCGAGAAGGCGGAGGCGGAGGCCCUGCGCGCCCAGCUGCGGCGGCUGCAGGAGAAGCAUCGCCGGGCCUUGCAGCACCUGCGGCGCUGCAGAGCCGCCGGCGGGCCGGAGGCCUCGGAGCUGGACGAGCUGCUGGAGGAGGACGAGAAGCCGCCGUCUUCCCCCGAGCAGCUGCUGGUGAAGAGGAGCCUGGUGCCGCCCGUGUAGCCGCGCCCCGGGGGAAGGCGCGGCCGGGAGGGCUGCUGUGAGGGGGCGGCUCCGCAGGGCCGCCCGCCCGCCGCCGCCGCCGCGGGCAGCGCCGGCUCUCGGGGUGGGGGAGAGGCGGCUUGCCCCCUCCUUCCUCCCUUCCAUGGCCCCGGCGAAGCGCGGGGCUGACCCCCUCUCCCCCACCUUCAGUCAAAAGAGGCUCUUCCCAAAGAAAGGGGGGGGAGGGGUAAUCCGCUUCCCAGAGGUAUGGCCAGGAAGCAUUGACCGUGAUAAAGGAGAAGCAGGUUCAGCUGGGAAGUUGAGGCUUGGAAAUGUUUCAGUCGAGGUGUGCCUCAAAGCAGCUGUUGUCGCGGAGAAAAGAGCCACGGUGCAAAGAACAGUUGGUCUAAUGUCACCGCAUGGCAUGGAACUGUGCUUCCUUCCUCUGGGGACCAGCUGUGGAUCGCCUUUUUUCUCUUUUGAGUUAGUGACUGUCAAGUAGACCUCAACAGCCAUGGAGGCUAUCAAAAGAUGGCUCUGACUAGUUCUUAGUAGUCUGUGUAUGUCUGUUAGGAAAGGGGCUGGAGGAACCUUGCAAGCUUCUUUUGUCAGCACUCCAGUAAAAGUUGGUCAUCGUUUGAACUCCUCCGAAUUGUCUGGACAGUCACUGCAAAACAGUAUUUGUAUCUUUGAUGGUGGACUUUGUUCACUCUCACAUGAAUAUUGGUUUGCAUUUCACACUUUCACUUAAAACUGCAGCUGAUAAUAAAACCAUGACACAUCAAA